AUGGGAAGGUCUCGUGGAAACUUCCAAUCCGAGGAGGACCCUACCCAAAGAUCAAGGAGAAGGAAGCAUGCAUCAAAUGGUGAAAAUAUAGAGUCAUCGAGUUCAGUUCAAGUGACGGCUGAAGGCAAAAAAGCUUUAUAUCACUGCAACUACUGUAAAAAAGAUAUUACAGGGAGAACCCGUAUCAAAUGUGCUGUAUGUUCCGACUUUGACUUAUGCAUAGAAUGCUUUUCCGUCGGUGCUGAGGUGCAUCCUCACAAAAGCAAUCACCACUAUCGGGUUAUGGAUGUCCUGUCUUUUCCUCUUAUCUGUCCAGACUGGAAAGCUGAUGAAGAGAUGUUACUACUAGAGGGGCUUGAAAUGUAUGGCAUAUGGAAUUGGGCGGAAGUUGGAGAACAUGUGGGAACCAAGUCAAAGGAAACAUGUAUCGAGCAUUUUAGAACUGCCUACCUGAACUCCCCUUAUUUUCCCCUUCCAGAUAUGACUCAUGUCAUGGGGAAAAAUAGAAAGGAGCUCCUCGCAAUGGUAAAAGGGCAAAAUGAGGACAAAAGAGGGCUUUCUUCACUCGGAGAAGUUACACCAAAAGUUGAAUCACCAUUUUCCCCAUCGAGAGUCAAAAUCGAAGAUCAAUACAAAACUGGUCCUUCUGGUCGCCUCCUUUCUGCUGCAAAUGCUGGACCCACAGCCAAGAAAAAGGCGUCAAAGAAGGUUCAUGUCAAGGAUCAACAGGAUUCUAUGAAGCCGAAAGGCAAGAGUAUUGACAACAGUAAACCUAAGUCACCUUCAAAGGACGAAGGACCUUCUUUAAUGGAACUGAGUGGAUAUAAUGAAAAAAGACAAGAAUUUGAUCCUGAAUAUGACAAUGAUGCCGAGCAGUUAUUGGCAGAUAUGGAAUUUAAGGAAACUGAUACAGAGGAAGAGCGUGAGUUGAAGUUGCGAGUAUUGCAUAUCUAUUAUAAAAGGCUUGACGAGAGACAACGUAGGAAAAAUUUCAUUCUCGAUAGGAACUUGCUCUAUCAAAGUGCAUUUGAGAAGGACUUGUCUCAGGAAGAGAAGACUUUGUGCCGGCGUUAUGAUGUCUUCAUGCGUUUUCAUUCCAAGGAGGAGCAUGAAGCAUUACUCAAAGCUAUGAUUACUGAACAUAGAAUACUAAAAAGGAUUCAAGAACUUAAGGAAGCCCAGGCAGCAGGGUUUCACUAUUCGACCGAAGCUGACAGGUAUCUGGACUGCAAAAGAAAAAAGGAAACCGCUGAAGUUAAUGGCUGUGAUGAUGGUGGCAGGAAUAGUGUUGGUUUCCUCAGUGUGCCUGUUUCUUCUUCAGACAACUCAAUUGAUACAUAUUCGAUCAAUUUGGAUGUCGUGGCAUUUUCUGAUGGAGACUACUUGUUGUCAGCCCCUGAGAAACAGUUGUGUCGCGAGAUCAGAUUAGCACCUUCCCAAUACCAGAAAAUGCUGGAGAUCAUGUCGAUGCAUAUUUUCAAUGGCAACAUCACCAAGAGAUCUGAUGCCUAUUCCUUCUUCAAAAUUGAACCAACCAAAGUUGAUAGAGUGUAUGAUAUGGUUGUGAAGAAGGGAAUCGCCGGUCCGUUAUGA